AUUGAGGGGCCGAUGACCAUUCCAGGGGUGCAGAUGAUAAGCAACUCGGGCGUAUAUAAGAUGAAUUCAAGCCAUCCCCUCUUUCGCUGCUCUGCUCAUCCUCGUCCUCGUCACGGAGCUUGGCUUUGCCGCCACCUACAUCGCAUAUUUCAUCAUGACUUUGGAUAUCACCACCUUUCAUAAUGUCAUCAACAAUGAGUUGACCAGCACCGAGAACACCCGUCAUGGCAUCAACCCGGCCAACCGCCAGCCGAACCCGCCGGUGCCGGUGUCGACCGCCGCCGACCUCGACACGGCUGUUAAUUCGGCUCGCGCGGCUUUCAAAAAAUGGUCGGGCACCUCAAUUGAGGAGCGUCGGACGGCAUUGACGGCUUUUGCCGGACUGGUUGAGGAAAACAGGGAUGCCCUAGCCACGUUGCUUACCCGUGAACAAGGGAAACCCCUGGAACAGUCCCAAAUGGAGGUCAGCAUGGCUUUGCAGUGGACACGCUCUCUGAUUACCCUGGACGUGUCCGACACAGUGGUGGAGGAGACGGAGGAGCGCAGAGUCAUUCAGCGCUACGUGCCGGUCGGGGUCGUCGGCGCCAUCGUGCCCUGGAAUUAUCCCAUCCUGUUGGCCGUGGGGAAGAUUGUGCCUUCCAUCUACACCGGCAAUGCUGUGAUCGUGAAGCCGUCCCCCUUCACGCCUUACUGUGAUCUCAAACUUGCCGAGCUGGGCACUCGCUGCUUCCCGCCCGGUCUCUUACAGGCUCUCAGCGGCGGCGAUGAUCUGGGUCCCAUGAUAACAGAACAUCCGAACAUUGACAAAAUCAGCUUCACUGGUUCGAGCUUAACGGGUCGUCGCGUUAUGGCUAGCUGCGCGAAGACCUUGAAGAGAGUUACCUUGGAACUGGGUGGCAAUGACCCUGCCAUUUUAUGCGAUGAUAUUGACAUAGAUGCCGUGGUUCCGAAGGUUGGAAUUCUUUCGUUCCUUUGUAGCAGUCAGAUCUGCAUGAUGAUCAAACGACUCUACAUCCACGAGAACAUUUACGAUGAGUUCCGAGACAAGCUCGUCCAAUUUGUUCAGUCGUUCAAGAUGGGCGAAGGAAACGAACCGGAUGUGUUCAUUGGUCCUCUCCAGAACGAAAUGCAAUUUGGGAAAGCCAAGAAUCUCUUCGAGACUAUCGAAAGAGAUGGCCUAAAACCUGUGCUGGGAGGCAAAAUUCCAGACUCAAAUGGAUAUUUCGUCCCACCAGCCAUCAUCGAUAAUCCUCCCGAGACGUCGCGAGUGGUCAAGGAGGAACCGUUCGCGCCCAUCCUGCCCCUGUUGAAGUGGAGUUCGGAGAGCGACGUGAUUGAUCGCGCAAACGACACCGAUAUGGGAUUAGGCGCAUCAGUCUGGAGCAAGGACUUGGAGCGCGCACAGCGUAUGGCCAACCAAUUGGAGGCCGGCAAUGUUUGGGUGAACUCGCAUUUUGAUGUGAUACCGACUAUUCCUUACGGGGGCCACAAAGCCAGUGGCAUGGGUGUGGAAUGGGGUGUUGACGGGUUGAAAGCAUACUGCAACCCACAGACAUUGUGGUUGAAGAAGAGCCCAUGAAGACUGCCCUGAUGUAAAUCAUUCCCUUGCUUUGAAUGUCCUUCAUGUUACUUUCUCGGGAACAUACGUUAUCUUAAACUGCGGUCGAUAU